UGACAGAAACCCACCUCAGCUCGCUGUCCUGACCCCCCGCGACCGCCGGAGAAAUGCCGCCGCGGAGGCGGGAUCGCCGGAGCCGUCGCGACCCCUCGCCGUCGCCCUCCCGCCCAAGCGAGCCACGCGCGUCCUCCUCCACCCCACGCCCCCGCGUCCGCCUCGCCUUCGCCGCGGUUCCCCUGCUUUUCCUCGUCCUCGCCGCGCUUCACUUCACCGGCCGCCUUUCCCGUCCCCAGGCGCCCCGGACGACCCCAAUCUCAGUCUACGAGCGCGGCCUAGUUAAGCGCCAAGUCUCCGCGGACGAGAUCCUCGCCGAGCACGAUAGGGUUUCGGAGAACCGGUCGCUCCGCCACUUCCCCAACCCCGUCCUCGCUUACGUCACUCCCUGGAACUCUAAAGGUUAUGACAUGGCAAAGUUGUUCAGCACUAAGCUUACUCAUGUAUCACCAGUGUGGUAUGACUUAAAGAGUGAUGGGAACAAGCUAGUUUUGGAAGGGCAGCACAAUUAUGAUGCCGGAUGGGUCUCCGAACUUCAAAGUAAUGCAUCUUUGGUAGUGCCAAGAGUUGUCUUGGAAGCAUUCCCUGGUGUUGUACUUCUAAAAAAGAAGCCGAGGGACAAAGCAAUUGACCUUAUAGUGAGUGAAUGCAGGGAUAAGGGAUAUGAUGGUAUUGUGCUGGAAUCCUGGUCAAGAUGGGCUGCUUAUGGUGUGCUAGAUGAUCCAAAGCUACGCAAACUGGCACUUCAAUUUGUUAAGCAACUGGGGGAGGCUUUGCAUUCUAUCAGUUCCCAAUUAAGUACCAGGAACCAUUUGGAACUAAUUUAUGUUAUCCCAGCUCCACGAAUGGAAGGGCUGAACAAUCAAGACUUUGGACCUGAAGAUCUCCUGCAGUUGGUUGACUCUGUGGAUGGUUUUUCUCUUAUGACAUAUGACUUCUCCGGACCACAAAACCCUGGCCCCAGUGCACCUCUGAAGUGGAUACAGUAUUCUUUAACAACACUUCUCCCAGACAAGGGUUCUGCUUCUGAUGGUUAUUCUCACAUGAUAUUCCUUGGAAUUAAUUUUUAUGGGAACGACUUUCUACUUUCCAAAGGUGGUGCUGGUAGUUCUAUUACUGGAAGAGAUUUCAUUCAUUUAAUUGAGAAGUACAAGCCAUCUUUGCAGUGGGAUGACAAAAGUUCAGAGCAUUUUUUUAUAUAUUCGGAUGAAGGUGUGAGACAUGCUGUAUUUUAUCCGACACUGAUGUCCCUUUCUGUACGUUUGGAUGAAGCACAAGAUUGGGGGAUAGGGCUUUCAAUCUGGGAAAUCGGACAAGGUUUGGACUACUUUUUUGAUGUUCUCUAGGAAUAUUUCAUUUAUGAAUAUGAUUGUUAGUUUCUGAACAAUGUCUGUUAAUUACUUGAACAACUACUGUUGAGAAGUACCAAGAUAACUAUGUGGCUAUUUGUUGUAUGCA